GUUCGAUGACUCCAUAUAUCCUUCAAGUUUAUCAGUAAUAAUUAUAAAGAUAAGUCAGUGUAUCCACAAGUAAAUAGAUUAGAAAUCAACUAUAAAAAAAAAACUAUUUAGAAUGAGAGGGUACUGAUGACUGAGUUUAUGCUCAGUUUGCAAUCAAGAUUUUAUUAACCAAUUUGUACCGGAAUUUAUAUCUCUCUCACACACACACACAAAUAUAUUGAAUACACUACUAUUCAAAUGAAUUUUCCUGUUGAUCAUUUCUUUAUCUUAAUAAAUGCAUUUGUACAUUUAAUUGUAAACAUACAGUUGGUUUGGCUGAAUCCACAUGUAACUGAAGAAACAAUAAUAAAUAUACCGAAAGUAUAUUACAUUCAUCCUGGUCCAUCUGUUUCAGGGAGCCAAUUAAUCAAGAAUCAAUUUCAAUCAUAUAAUAGUUCAUAUUUUCAGAAACCACAUAAUUACAAAGUCAAAAAGCACAAAAUGAAUAUUAAUACUACUAAUAAUCAUAAUAGUAGAUUUUCUAAUGUACCUCAAACAAAUUCAAAAUCGACGCACAAAAAGAUUUUCAAAGAUCAUAACAUAUCAAAGAACACAUUAUUCGUUGAAAGAUUACAUGAAAAAAUAAACUAUUUUAUACCAAAGUCACUAAAAUUUGAGCCAGAGAAAGAUUUGGCCAUAUUAUAUCCAGAAAGCAAUUGGCUUGACCCAUGCAAAGCCACUGCAUACUAUGGGGAUAUAGCGUUGGAUGAACACGAAUCUCAGAUGAUGUUGUCAAAAGGCAUGGCAUUAUCUGAUGAUCCAUUACAAAUAUGGGAUUUGGAAGAUAAUAAAGAAACGAACAAUCGGAGAAAUAAAUAUUCUAACAUCCCUAAUUCAAAACCAUUGGAUGAUAUUAAAAUUGAAAUGAGCAUUCAUUUAGGUGGUAACUCACGUCAUCUGAAACAAAAGCAUAUUCAAAAUUACAAAGAUAUGGCAGACAGAAGUCUUCCAAACAAACUCAAAAAUUUAACAAGUAAACGAAGGGAACAAUCGAAAAAGUUUGGUCAAAACUGGCAGAGAAGAAGGAAUGAAUUACUUAAACGUCGAAGAUAUCGCCAACUAAAGGCCAAAACACAAACAUUUAUUCAGUUAAAUAAAUUAUAUCAACAGAAAGCUGACAUAUUAAUGUUUACUCCUGAACAAAGAAAAAAGAAAGAGUUUUCUCAAGGUAAAAGAAGGUCUAAAAGGGCAGCUACAGCUUAUGUUUCAAGAACAUGGACAAACGGAGUUAUUCCAUACAUAAUACAAGCAAAUUUUUCAAGUGAAACUAAAGCUACGAUUAUGAAAGCUAUGCGACAUUGGGAAAAUUAUACCUGUCUUAGUUUUGUUGAAAGGCAACCACAUCAUAGAUCCUACAUAAUCUUCACUGAAAAGGCAUGUGGGUGUUGUUCAUACGUGGGACGACGUAGCGAAGAUGAACCACAAGCCAUAUCAAUUGGAAAAAAUUGUGACAAGAAAGGGAUAGUAAUUCAUGAACUUGGUCAUGUGAUUGGAUUUUGGCAUGAACACACUAGACCUGAUCGAGAUGAACAUGUAGAUAUUCUACUCGAUAAUGUUGUUGAAGGACAAGAUUUUAAUUUUAAAAAAUGGAUCCAGGUGAAGUGA